GGCCGAUCGUACGUCACGCCAGCGCGACAUACCGCCAACUUGGGUAUCGUAUCCGUGGCUCAGCCCUGGCGCCUUCCUGUCAGAUCCCCAGCCUUGCAUACUUGGCACCACACAGCCUCGAAGUGAGAGAUUUAGAGGAGCGAUCCUUCUGAAUUUAUUUAUAUAUAUAUAUAGAUAGGGUGUGAUUCAAGCCCAAUAUCCCUCGAACUCGAUAUACACACAGCUACGCUCAGUGAGCAGCCUAUUGGCACCAAAAAUUCUCAGAACACCCUCCUCAAAAUGAACCCCCUCUUUCCCGAAAAACCCUCCAGCGGCCCCUCGCAACAACCCCCCUCCUACACCGCCGCACCCUCCUACCCCCCCGCCCCCCCCUCCUUCAGCACCUCCUUCGCCAGCCUCUCCCUCCACCGCAGCGACCGCAUCCGCUGCCUCCAAUUCCCCACCCAAACCAUCGACGGCAUCCGCGCCACCAUCAAGGCCUCCUACCCCUUCGGCAUCCAGCGCGAAUCCCCCUACGGCCCCUCCCACGAAUUCAAACUCUGCAGCUACCCCUGGUCAGGCCAAGGCCGCGACGCCAUCCCUUCCCGCAUCGUCAUGCGCGAGAUCCUCGCCUACCUGUACCGCUCGGGGUGGAUCUUCCACGUCAGCACGGAUUGCAGCAAGAAGGAGCUGGAUAAGGAUACGAUUGUGUUCCGGCAGCAGCAGGCGCCGCCGCCGCCGGCGGAGUGGAUCGCGAUUAGUUUUAAUCAGUCGGACCGGCUGCGGCUGAUUGGGGCGGAUGAAAUGCUCAAGGCGGCGGUGAGGGAGGUGUUGGUGGGGAUGAGGUUGUUGCAGGAGGAGGCGUGGAAGGAUAGGGCGUUGGGGGCGUGGGAGUUUAAGAUUCAUGGGAGGCCGUGGGUGGCGAGUGGGGAGCAGACGAUGAGUACGAGGUUGUUGCUGUUGAGGCUGUUGGAGUGCCUGGAGAAGCAUGGGUUGAGUCUGUAUGCGAGUAUUGAUCAGAGUCAGGGGCAGGGGGAGGGAACGAGUGAGACGGAUUCGUGGUAUUGUGUUAGGGAUAAGACGUGGGUUCCGGGAGCGCAUGUGUUUCAUCGUUAACUUGUUUUUGCUUUUGCUAUUGCUAUACCCUAGACUAUGAUUUACGGCCGUUUGCAGUUUAUUUUUGAGAUGAUGUAUAUUACUACUUCUGCUCCAGCUUAUAUGAGCC